AAUAUAUUGACUAACUACUGGCUCAUUCCAAUGGACGAGGUGCGAUGAUUGGCUAUCAUGCAGCAAUUAUUACAUUCAAGAUGCAGUCCCACCUGAUACAAAGGGACGCCCACAAGCUGUACUGUUCGCUAUGUUGGAUACUUUCUGUUAGAAUUAACGAAUAGCUAAAUUCCUAUAGAUUUGACUUGUCAAAAUGGAAAGUUCACUGUAAACAAUACGGCAAUAGUGGUUACCUUGGUAACCGCGUUUGACACUUGAGAAAAAGUAAAUCCAUUGCAAUAGACCUGCUAUUUGGGAUUAAUAAUACACCUUGUACAUUCUAUUAAAAAAAAAGAAUAAGUAAUUUUAGUACUGUUACGAACAAUAGGUUUUUUUCUUAUUUGUUAAAAGUUCUAUAAUGUCAUUGUACUUUGAUACAAGAGUACAAAAUCCAGAGACAGCUUCUAUAAGCACAUACGCCACAUGGCAUGCAAAUUAUCCAUUACUUGCUGUGGCUGCAUAUUCCCAGGAUAAGGGAGGAUUUGUAACUAUUUGUGACGAUCAAGGAGAGCCUCUUCAGGACGUAGAAUCUCCUGGACAUUCUGUCGCUCAAGUGACAGCGAUCGAAUGGCAUCCAGAGAGGAGAUGGCUCGUAGCUGGAUGGGAAAGUGGAGAGAUACGGGUUUGGCCUGGAGAUUCUGGAGCAAGUGAAUUCAAUGUAAUAGUGACACCACAUCGAGAUCCUAUUACAAUUUUACAAUGGAGUCAGCAUGGUGGGCGUUUAGUAUCAGCAGAUGCUGCUGGAUCUAUUGUUGGUUGGAAAAUAGAUCCUAGAGGUCAACUCCUUAUGGCUUUUCAUCAUGAACUGAAAGAUUCAUUUACUCAUAUAGCAUUCAAAUUUGCACCUCUAAAACCUGCAGUUGAUAUCAGUGGCUUAGCAAAAGCUGCUGUCGCUGGUGACGAGCGAGCAUUGGAUUUAUUUAGUUCCUGGCGACCUAGAACUGCAGCACCAACAGCAAUUUCUACACAGCGGGACAAUCAUGCCUUUUACAUUGGCAGUGCAAAUGGUGUUGUUUUCUUUGUUGAUGCUCAAGGACAAUGCACGGAAGUUUUAAAUACAGAUGGAGCAUCUAUUCAUUGUCUUCUGCAUCAUCAGACAAGAGAUUCUCUUGUGAUUAUGACAGAGGGUCUGAAUAUAGGACAUUUUCAGGCUGACCCUAUUACCGGUCGUCUUACUGAACUGACAAAAGUAAAACUAAGUGGCAGAAGUGACAUAUCCCGUUCUGGACCUGCCUUGUGCUGGUGCGGUGGUAAUACGUUAGCAGUGGUUACUGGUGAAUUGACAGUAAGAUGCUGGGAUCUUCAUACCGGAGAUACUUAUGUUUUAUCGCCACCAGAUUCUGCUACUGGUAAUAUUGCUACACCUCAGGAGAUCUGUACUAGUUUAUCUUUCUGCAAAAACAAUGGUACUUUGGCAGCUGGUACUAAUCUAGGUACAAUUUAUCUUUGGAAACGCAAAAGCAAUAAUGACUCCGAUGAGAAUGGCUGGCCUACGAUACCAGAAUCUUGUACAAUUCAUGGAACCGUUAAGCAACUUAUAUGGGGAGCUACUUUCUUGCGCAGUCCAUUGUUAGCUGUCAAUUGUAUUACAAAUGUUUUUAUCCUUCGGCAACAACCAAUGUGUGCUUCGUACAACGAUGGAGUUUCUGCUAGUCAGAUAUCUCCAAAACAGAUACUCAUUGAAGUUGAAGCGCAGUCUUAUACACUGAAAACAGAUAUACAAGUACAGAUUGUUGCUGUCGACAGAGAAUAUAUUGCUGUAUCUUCCAGCAGACAUAUUGCUGUUUAUAAGAUCAACAAGGAUAGCACAUUACAUACGACGGUUAUAGGAUCAUUUAACUGCGACACUGAGAAAAUUCUAAUUCACGAUAGUUCUUUAAUUAUACUGACACCCGUUGCCAUUCAGUUAAGAUCUAUGGAAGGAACUAUCAAUCAAACUCUGCCAACCACACCUGAAGAAGGUGAACCUAUAGCUAUGGAAUUGACAGGACAAUACUUGACAGUUGCUUCAUUGAAUGGAAUCCUCAAAAUUUGGGAUUUGAGUAAACGAGAGGCUAAAUUAUAUACAAGAGCAAUGACUGCUUAUGAAGCUAUCGAUGACUUUGCUGAGAUUAUCGAAGCUAGAUGCAACAUUGAUUGUCGUUGUGUUUCCAUAACUGUUGCUAUGGCUAAUCUUAUGCCAAGUUCCAUACUUUAUAUCUGGGAUAUUGAGACUGACCAGAUAUAUGAAUAUGACUUUGCGGACAACGACAAUGUUAACGAUGACAAUGAUUCUUCGCUAGCUUCCAAAUGCAAGGGAAGACUUGUAACAGCUCAUUGCUGGGAUGCGGAUGAUCCAAGACUUCUGAUAUGCAGAGCUCAAAAAUUAGAGACUAGAGACUCCAGACCCACGUCCAGAUUAAUUGGAAUCGAAGAUAAAGAAGUAUCAAGUUCUGUGGUUUUGGUAUCGCUGUUUGCCACUCCGGAUCACGGUAUCGUUAUCCAGGACGUUCGUUCGAUUAAGGACGAAAAUUGCAGAUUACUGGGUGUACAGUCACCUUAUAUAAUAAUUUUAAAUUCCGAAAUUAUACAAACUAGCGAGAGCAAAGUGGUUCGUUUAUUAAUGAGAGAUUUCGAGGAACUCGGUGUAUGUGACACAGCUACUAAAAAGGCUAUAUUGGACUUCAGCUUUUAUAUAAGUAUAGCUAACAUGGAUGAAGCCUUCAAGGCUAUAAAAACAAUCCAAAACGAAGCUAUUUGGAAGAGCCUAGCCAGAAUGUGUGUAAAGACCAAACAAUUAGACAUGGCAGUUCUCUGCUUGGGUCACAUGAAACACGCCAGAGGUGCCAGAGCACUUAGAGAAGCGAUGCAGGAUGAGAGUUUAAAUUUGGAUGCCAAAGUUGGUGUAUUGGCAGUGGAACUUGGUCUGCACAACGAUGCCAUACGGCUCUUUCGUGGAGCAAAGAGGCUGGACCUUGUUUGUAGUCUGCUGGAAGCGUGUAAUAAGUUCGAAGAGUCUAUCGAAUUGGCAUCAAAUGAGAAUAAAAUUCGUGAAAAAACAAGUUAUUAUAACUAUGCUAAAGCUCUGGAGCAGGAUGGUAAAAUAACGGAAGCUAUAGAUAUGUAUACCAAGGCGGAUUGUCACAGAUUCGAAGUACCAAGAAUGUUACUUCUCAGACCUAGAGAACUGCAAGCUUAUUUAACAAACAGCGAUGACUUAGAAAUAAAAAAUUGGCAUGCUCAGUAUACUGAAUCUACCGGAGACAUGGAAACUGCUUUGAAACUUUAUGAAAAUGCAAAUGACAAUCUGGCCAUGACACGUUUACUAUGUUAUUUGAAUCGUGAGGAUGAAGUUUGCGAAUUAGUAAUGAGGACCAAUCAUGCGGCAUCUGCUUAUCAUUUGGCUGCUCAUUACGAGUCAAAGAAUAAUGUAGCUCAAGCAGUACACUUUUACAGUAUGGCCCGAGCUUACACCAAUGCUAUUAGACUUUGCAAGGAGAAUGAUAUGUCAGAGGAACUAUGGCCACUAGCUAUGCUAGCUCCAAGACAGUCCCAAAUAGAUGCAGCAAAGUACUACGAAGAGAAUGAUCAGCCUGACAAAGCUGUAUUACUGUAUCACAAGGCAGGACUACUACGAAAAGCUUUAGACCUUGCAUUUAAGACACAACAAUACAAUGCGCUUCAGUUAAUAACAAUGGAUGUAAACGCAGACUCAGAUCCUGCCCUGAUACAGAAGUGUGCCGAUUACUUUGUACAAAAUGAGCAAGUAGACAAGGCAGUGGAUCUAUUGGCGACGGGAAAGAGAUACAUAGAAGCCUUAGACUUAAUCGAAGCCCAUAACAUAGUCCUGACCGAAGACCUGGCAGAAAAAAUGACCCUGGAGAAGGCUGAGAACGAUCCAGAACGCGAAAGAUCUCGCAUAUCUACCCUGGAGAGAAUCGGCGAGAUAGCCUUUGAGCAAGGAAAUUAUCAUUUAGCCACGAAGAAAUUUACUCAAGCCGGAAAUAAAUUACGAGCUAUGAAGGCAUUACUGAAGUCUGGUGAUACUGAAAAAAUCUGCUUCUUCGCCCAGGUCUCACGACAACGUGAGAUUUAUAUAAUGGCUGGGAAUUAUCUGCAAUCAUUAGAUUGGCAGAACCAACCGGAAGUGUUGAAGAACAUAAUAAACUUUUAUUCCAAAGGGAAAGCUAUGGAUCUUUUAGCAAAUUUCUACGUAGCUUGUGCUCAGGUGGAGAUUGAUGAGUUUCAAAAUUAUGACAAAGCCCUGGAUGCUCUUAAUCAAGCCAGCAGAUGUUUGGCCAAGGUCAGUUCGCCACGUGAUCCGGAAGUGCACAAAAGGGCAAUGGACGUUGUUAAUGGAAGAAUGUCUACAAUCAAACGUUACCUGGACAUUAAAAAGUUGUUCGACAGAGGAGAAACGGAAACGGCUAUGGCUCAAGUUCGUCAGUUGAUUGAUUCUCAGAGUUCUGAUUUGGAGCAAUCGGUCAGACGCGGUGAUUUGUUCGCCACAAUAACGCAACACUAUGCUAACAUAGGAGAGACAAACAAAGCACGUGCUACUGUUGAGGAAUUAAAGCGUCUUGUUCCUGGUAUAAAUCUUAGUUACUACUUUAACGUUAAUUUACUGGAAGUACUUGGCUACAAGAUAAAUGUUCAACGGCAAGACAGUUCAGACAAGGAUGACGGUAUAGAGGAACUACUUGGAGAGUAAUUGGAUACUUAUAGCUAUUAUCUUAUUAACUUUUAAAAGACGGGAAGUAGAUUGUUCGAUUCUACAUUGGGUCUCAUAUUUCUCGUACAGUAUCGCUUUAGUAUAUGUAUUAAUGUUUCAAAUGAAAACGUAUAAAAGCCGUCAAAAAAUCCGCCUGUCUUCUAAAGCACGUCUAAGAUUUAUAUCGGUUGUAUAAAAACCAAUCCGUCCAAUUUGUACCUGUUAGUAUAUGUAUAAAAGUUCAAGAUAUGAAUAAAGUAAAUAUGCAAUUUUAGAAAAA